UAUGACGAACACUAUGAGCGACUAUCAACGCUAGACGAAGAACUUCACGAUGAUAUCCGCUUCCCUGAAGCUAUAAUGUAUCAAUAUAUUUUAUGCUUCAAAAAGAGCACUAAUUUAAUAACCAAAUCUAGGUUUACCUCUACCGACGCAAUCAACACCUGGGUAUCCAAGGGACAUGAAGAUUUUUUCCCUGCGGAACUCAGGCUCAUUAUGUUGAGAAAUUUGAAUGGCUCAUUCGGCUGUGAAUAUUAUCGAGAUAGGGAUGGCAAGGUUGUCGCAUGCGAUUCAUGGAGCGUUUUCAAAUUAAAGCGCAUUUGGAAGAACCCCAAUUCCUUUAAAGUAUACGAUGAGUGGUUGCAACUUUCCAUCUUUGUGCGACAGGACUGGAUAACUUCGAAACAACUUGUUCUGUUCCUGGACUGUCCAAGAUAUCUGAUUGACCAGCUCCAUAUAUUAUUACCCAAGAUUCACAAAAGCGACCCAUAUGCAUGGCAUGCUCUGUUUGUCAGCGAGAUGAGAAAGAUAUAUGAUCAGGCCAUAUGGGAUCUUCGCGGCGUGGUGUGGGAGGUUGAAGCUGUAUGUGAUCAAUUAUUAUCAAAAGGACCUGGAAGCCUUUCAGCCACAAUUCAUCUUGCUACAUGA